GAGACAAUAGAAUUCGAGAAGGCUGUGGAGUUGGCGCGCAACGUAACCAGCACCGAGGACACACUCAUCGUAGUGACGGCCGACCAUGCACAUCCGCUCAGCAUCUCCGGCUAUCCUGAGCGUGGAAAUGAUAUUUUAGGCUUAAAUGAGAUUGGUUACGAUGUGAAUGGCGUACAUUAUGCCACAUUAAAUUACGCUGUUGGCACUGAGCAGUACUUGGAUGAGAAUGGCAAUCGCAUUGAAUUGGAAGGAAAAUUUGCUGACACUCCAGAUUUUACUUUUCCAAGUUAUAUUAAAGGCUCGAGAGGCGUACAUGCUGGUGACGAUGUGGGCGUAUACGCAUCGGGGCCACAUGCCCAUCUCUUCACUGGCGUCUUGCAGCAGAAUACGCUGCCUCACCUAAUGGCUUACGCUGCUUGCAUUGGUAAUGGCGCAAAGUCUUGCGAUUAAAGGGGCCCAAAGCUGAAUAUAAUAAUAAUAA